AUGAUACUAGUCUCGGUGAAGCGCAUGGGAAUACUUAAACCGCAACGAGAUAAUCCUCUCUUAAUGUUUGACGAAGAAGCGCAGCGUGUGUUAGUGCGAACGACGAUACAACAAAUAGUCGCGAACACCAUAUCCUUUAUAGUGAACAUCUCGUCCGACGAACGAAUGAAUUUUAUAUUUGACAGCAUCGCUGUUGGGUUUAAGCUUCCGAUAGUCUCUGAUGUAGAUUUCCAAAGGGUGGAGAAUUGCCUUAAUAUAUAUCAAAGGUGGAUGGACAAGGAAAACAUGCCUUCCCAUUUGAAACAGAAAGAAGAAAGUGUUGUGACCAUGUUAACACACAUCUCACUCCUCUUUGGGAAAGAGAAUAAAAUCAAUUCACCGUUAUCAAAGUAUAUUCCCUUGUGUCAGAAAGCACUUAUAUUGUUUGAAAAGGGGAUUGUAAGUUAUAACUCACCUCUUCAAAAGGCACAUAUUUCGACAUUAAAUGUGUUAUUAAUCGGAAUAAUGGACGAGUUGAUCGGAAACAAUUUACCAAAUUCUUUCUUAAAGAACAAAGAGAAUGUCGUGAAAUGUUUUGAGUUGAUUUGUAAGACUUUUGUGAUCACGGGAACACAAGUGCCCGAGUGGAAGAUAUUCACAGAGAAGAUUAUGACUUGGUUACUCUACCCAGACGUGUUCGACAAAUUCGAGGCGUUUCUCAAUUCACUGCAAAAUGACAUCUUUCUUUAUAAAUCAGUCGAAAAGGAGGGUACAGUGAUUGUCCUCUUUAAUUAUAUGACUUCAAUUGACUUUGAAAUACAAUUUCUUCAAUUGAAAGAAGUCUGGAAGAGAAUGUUCAACCUCCUCGACCCUACCCUUGUUAUCAAUCAAAGAAUACUUCCACAUUAUGUCCUUACAAUUAGUAACCUUGCAAGAAACAUCUCUGAUAUUUCACUCAGACUCACAAAGACUGAACCUUCACCACAAACAAUGUUCACAUUGUAUUACUCAAAAUUGGUCUAUAUCCUCUUGAACGAAAAUAUGAAAGACAACGAAGAAACUGUACUCUUCAUUAUUCCAUCAUUUGCAGUGUUUCUCGAGAAUUUGAAUGACGAGGAAAUUGGAGAUAAACAGUUGGCACUGUUUGUUGUUGUGUUGAAGCGACUUCUGAAGUCAAACAACAUGAAUAUAGUGACCGCGUUAUUCAAUGAACUUCCUUCGAUACUUUCACAACACACAAACUUCCUUAGUCUCAUAUUAGAACCACUCAUUCGCGCUAUUUUCGAGUAUUUGAAUGACAAAACACGAGCGGCAAAUAUUGUUAUUCCUUUGAUAUACAACUGCAAUUACUACAUCUCCCUUUCACAAAACAAAUAUCUCAAAAAUGCGAUGUUUGAGAAAGACUUUAUCGAGAGGGCGACCGUUCUUAUACUCUACAAACUCCUUUUCGUCAACUUUGAACAAAGUGAAGUGGUCUAUCUCUUUGAAGUGUUUGAGCACUUCUUUAUGGAAUUUCUUCCAAGCAAUACACCUUCAGAGAACGAUGCAGAUAGGAUUGAGAAUAUCCAAAACAUUAACGUGGAGCCGAAAACAACGAGGGAAUUGCUCUGGAAGUUUUUAGUGACGAUGAAAAUGACGUACUUGACAAAACUUGUGACGAUGAAUAACGAGAAGGCGCUUUUGUGUAUUUCAAGAAUAUUCAAAUUCACUGCGAGUUGUAUCAACGACAUCCCGAACACAACAGAAUACUGCAAAUACGUUGUGAAAACGUUUCUCGAGUUUUCAUGCAAAUUUCUCAAUUUCCCGACGAUGAAUGUCUUCAACAAUGUGAUCCACUUGGUCAUCAUCUUCACGUCGCUCAAUUCGAAAAUAUCAGACGAACUUUUUUUUGAGGUCAACAACAAAUUCAUUACACUCGAGAAGGCGAAGAGCACGUUUUAUAGUGCACCGGUGGACCAGUUGUAUACGUUCUUCAUCUCCCACUUUUUCAACUCCAAAACAAAGUUCCGGAACCAAAACGUCUUUGACUUAUUUUUGAAGAAGAGGUGCGAAGGAGAAAAGCAGAAUAUGGUGUCCGUUAAGAACAACGGCGCGUUGUAUAUCUUCUACGAAAAGGGUAAUUUGUGUCAUAAUGAGAACUAUGUGUUGGGAAUCACAUGGUUUGGGAAGACCAUUUAUAGAUGUACGCCAUUCAAUCGAGGUAUUCACACGAGUAUUAGUGGAGAGGUUGAAGAACAAACGUGUGGGAUACACACGGCACAACACGUUGAGUCUUCACAAAGUAUCAUUUCCUUUGCAAACAAACACAAUUUCUCACGAGAACAGUCGAAGAUGCUCCAAAUUGUGAAAGUACUGAAAGCACAUAAUUACUCGACGGAGUCGGGGUCGGGUUCCCCGUCUGAAAGUCCACCGAAUGAAAGGAUUAAACGACCCGUUACGACACUGAUGAUUGGGACACUCUUUCCGACGAGUUUUGCGACGGAUGCAGAGAUUGAUGUGAAUGAUGUAGUGCAAAAGACAUUCACCCUUUUUGUGACGCCAUUGAUGCCUCUUAGUUCCUCUUUUCUUCUUCCAACGACGUUGUAUAAUUACUUGUCGUCUCCGAUAGAAAAUGUCAAGACGCAAGAGAAACACAUUGAUAUACUUGUGACGGCAAAUGAACGCAUUAUUGCGGACUCUUCAUUCAAAAUCUCACAACUGAAAUUUAAUAUGUUCUGCUUCUCUUAUUUUAACACUCAUUACAUAUUCAGAGCAGAUAUUGCUCAUGUCGUGUUGGCGAUCAGAAUCUCGGAGGCACUGCUGUCGAACCCGAAAAGAAUCUUAUUUAAACUGAAUAAACCCCUCUCUAUGGUGCAAGCACACUCAACACCUCUCACGACGUUAUUCACUAACACUAAGACUAAAAAUGCACACUCGAAAAAGACGAGCGUGAUGAUCACUAUGGAAUCAAUGGACGAUCCAGACUGGCUAGGGCCACUCAAUCAAAAUUUUGUGAUGCGGAGACAGGGAAGCACUCCACUUAAAGUGUGUUUGGAACAACAUAUUAGGAGAAGGUCGAACUCUGCGCCGACGGACGAUUGA